AUGACGACCAUGGAUCUUCGCGUCGGUAACAAGUACCGCAUUGGCCGCAAGAUCGGCUCGGGCUCAUUCGGUGAUAUCUACCUGGGUACGAACAUCAUUUCCGGCGAGGAAAUCGCCAUCAAGUUGGAGAGCGUCAAGGCCAAGCACCCCCAGUUGGAGUACGAGGCUCGCGUCUACAAGUCACUGGCUGGCGGCGUCGGUAUCCCCUUUGUCCGUUGGUUCGGCACUGAGUGCGACUACAAUGCCAUGGUUCUCGAUCUGCUCGGCCCCAGUCUGGAGGAUCUCUUCAACUUCUGCAACCGCAAGUUCUCGCUGAAGACGGUCCUGCUUCUGGCCGACCAGCUUAUUUCCCGCAUCGAAUACAUCCACGCCAAGUCGUUCAUCCAUCGCGACAUCAAGCCCGACAACUUCCUCAUGGGCAUUGGCAAGCGUGGCAAUCAAGUCAACGUUAUUGACUUUGGUUUAGCCAAGAAGUACCGCGAUCCCAAGACGCACUUCCACAUCCCCUACCGUGAGAACAAGAACCUGACCGGCACGGCACGUUAUGCCUCGAUUAACACCCAUCUCGGUGUCGAGCAGUCCCGCCGCGACGACAUGGAGAGCUUGGGAUACGUCAUGCUGUACUUCUGCCGGGGCUCUCUGCCCUGGCAGGGCCUGAAGGCUGCUACUAAGAAGCAGAAGUACGACAGAAUCAUGGAGAAGAAGAUGACCACCCCUACGGAGGUGCUCUGCCGCGGUUUCCCCAACGAGUUCGCCAUCUACCUGAACUACACACGCUCGCUCCGCUUCGACGACAAGCCCGACUACAGCUACCUGCGGAAGAUCUUCCGCGACCUGUUUGUCCGCGAGGGCUUCCAGUACGACUACGUCUUCGACUGGACUGUGUACAAGUACCAGAAGAACGCUCAGGCCAUUGCCCAGGCUGCCGGUGCUGCUGACGACAAGCAGCAGCGUACCGACGCUGCCACUGGCCAGCAGACUCCAGCCGGUGCCAUUAAGCCUGGCCAGAGCGCCCAGAUGGUCUCGGGCGGUCGUCCUCGCAACGCCAAGAUGAUGGGUGCUGCUGGCGUCGAUGCUCAUGAUGCCAGCCGCGGUGCCGGCCCUGGUGACCGGAUGUGA